AUGUUAAGAAAGAUACACGCCAUAUUUCACCCCAGCUCCCACCGGAGGAGUCUAUCAGAUGGGAUCCCUGCUUACGAUGGCUCUGCUGUUCAGCUGAUCCGUAGCACUUCCAUGUAUGUUAUUGGAGGCGAGGAGCAAAGGUUCUGCGAACCACUCAAAAAAAGCAAAAGCACCAUCAGUUUCGAUUCGGUUGCCUGCGGCCAGAUGAAGGAAGAAGAAAAGGCGUGGAUGUACUCCAAGACCCAAGACUGUUUGCAGUACCUACAAGAUCUCUUAGCCUUGAGGAAAAAAUACCUUGAGAGCAUCAAAGACCUAAAGUCUAUGGACAGGGGAUCUCAAAUUUCCCCGUUGUCCACAAAAUCUUCCAAGAGCAGGAAAAAGCCGCCAGCCCCUCCUCCUCCUGUACAAUCAUCCAAGGUCUCAGCAGAGAAAAAAGUCUUCAGUUCAGAGGUAGCUGAGGCAAUAGCUUAUUUUGAUGCAAUUAUUGCAGAGCUGGAUGCAGAAAGGCACAGAAAAAUAAUUGUGAGGGACCGUCCACAUGCAGACGUCGAUUUUGAUGUGGUUACCAGCUCCAGAGAACACAGCAUACAUUCCAACUGGAUUCUUCGCGCCCCUCGGAGGCAUUCCCAGGAUGUUCUCCAAGCAGCAAAGACAACAAGCCAAUCUGAAAAGAACAGCCAAGGAAGAACAAUCAACUCCAGAAAGAAGUUACAAAGAUACCCAAUGUAUCUCCCUAAAGCUGUGGAGGGAGCAUUUAAUACUUUGAAAUUUAAGCCCAAAAUGGACUUAAGCCCAAAAGGAACAGCAUUGAUCUGGAAGUAA